GUACGUAAGGAUAUCAGAAACGCCGCUGUAUAUUUUGGCCAAUUUAACUAUAAAUGCAAUCUAGCUAUGGUCAGGUAUUAAAAAUAGAAGGUUUAUUUAUUUAUUUAUGUAUUGUCUCUGUGUGCGGUGAAACCACGCAUGUGUUGAUCUGUGCUGCAGCAAUGUGUAUCAGUUCCUCUUUGACCCUAGAGAUAAUCUGCAUUCAGACAGAAGCUCCGAGAUAUUUGCUAGCUGCUGGAUUUUAAGGUUUUCCUGGGCUGCUACAUUUAUGUCAUUUGUGUAAUGAUUUCUUAAGAUCUGAGAAGCUUGCUUUGAUUUGAUGAGUUCUGAUUGCACCAGUGCUGCAGAUCUUAUUUCGAGCCCAGAAUACUAAUACGACCUGCUAUGUGUGUAACGUAUCACAGUGAGGGUACACAGUAAAUACAGGAAAACAUCCAUAUGCAAUAAAAAAGGGGGAAAAGAAGAUGGUGACCAUGGUUCUUCUAAAUUUAGCAUCCAAAUGCUCGACUGCGAUGGCGAAGCCUGCUUAUUCUUUAAGAAUGAUUCUGUGGUCCUUUUUAAUUGCUAGUCUUCCUACAAGCUCUCUACAAAAAGAAGAUGAUGACUAUGAAGAUUUCUCAUCAAACAAAACCUGGGUGUUGACUCCAAAGGUGUAUGAGAGUGAUGUCACUCACAUUUUAAAUAGCUUGCUGGAUGGAUAUGACAACAAGCUGAGACCAGAUAUAGGAGUCAAACCAACUAUCAUUCACACAGACAUGUAUGUGAAUAGCAUUGGUCCUGUGAAUGCCAUAAAUAUGGAGUAUACAAUUGAUAUAUUUUUUGCGCAAACUUGGUAUGAUAGACGUUUGAAAUUCAAUAGCACAAUGAAGGUGCUCCGGCUUAACAGUAAUAUGGUGGGCAAGAUUUGGAUCCCUGACACCUUCUUUCGGAACUCAAAAAAGGCAGAUGCUCAUUGGAUAACAACACCCAAUCGAAUGCUUAGGAUCUGGAACGAUGGGAGGAUACUGUAUACACUAAGGUUAACUAUUGAUGCUGAGUGCCAGUUAAAACUGAACAAUUUCCCCAUGGAUGAGCAUUCCUGUCCUCUGGAGUUCUCAAGCUAUGGCUAUCCAAGAGAAGAGAUUAUCUACCAGUGGAAGAGGAGCUCUGUUGAGAUUGGAGACACUCGAUCAUGGAGGCUUUACCAAUUCUCCUUUGUUGGCCUGAGAAAUACAACUGAGGUUGUGAAGACAACAUCAGGAGAUUAUGUGGUGAUGACAGUCUUCUUUGAACUAAGCAGGAGGAUGGGGUAUUUUACAAUUCAAACCUACAUUCCCUGCACUCUGAUUGUUGUGCUGUCCUGGGUGUCUUUCUGGAUUAAUAAGGAUGCAGUGCCUGCCAGAACAUCCUUAGGAAUCACAACUGUCCUGACAAUGACCACACUGAGUACAAUUGCUCGAAAAUCCCUUCCCAAAGUUUCCUAUGUGACUGCGAUGGAUUUGUUUGUCUCUGUUUGCUUUCUUUUCGUUUUCGCUGCUCUGAUUGAAUACGGAACAUUGCACUACUUUAUCAGCAACAGGAACCCGAGCAAACCGGGCAAAAAGAGGAAAAAUCCUCUCCUUCGGCUGUUUUCUUCAAAGACACCCACCGUUGAUAUUCGCCCACGCUCUGCCACAGCCAUUCAGAUGAACAAUGCCACACACCUUCAGGAGAGAGAUGAGGAGUACGGGUAUGAGUGUCUGGAUGGCAAGGACUGCUCCAGCUUCUUCUGCUGUUUUGAAGACUGUCGGUCAGGGGCAUGGCGGCACGGUCGAAUACACAUCCGCGUCUCCAAAAUUGACUCCUAUGCCCGCAUCUUCUUCCCUACUGCCUUUGGUUUGUUUAACUUAGUAUACUGGAUCUCCUAUCUCUAUCUUUAGGGUAAUAGAUGUAGCUGGCCUUAAUAUUAAAAGCCACUUGCAAGACCAUAUCUUUUUUGGCCUACUGACCCCUAGCAAAGUAGUGUCUGUCUUUUUUAUUAUAUAAAUUGUAUUGACAUUAUUAUUAUUAUUGCAUUAUUAUUUUCUGAGUCUUAGUUUAGAACGAACAAAAGUGUGUACCACAUUUCAAAAAGAAUGAUAUCAUAUUGGUUUAAUUUAUCAGAUAUUUGGGCCCUGCAUUAAGGAGCUGAAUUCUGUACAGACUGCAACACUGUCUCAUUGAUACCUCCGUGGCUAGUACAGGUACGGAUUGAUGAGACACAGAUGCUGUAACCUAAAUCCAGUGCUUGUGAGUGCAGCUCAGGAGGGCAUAGUGUCAGGCUUUCUCAUGUACAUUUCCAUUCUGUUGCCUUUUUCUCUGAUGGGCUAUCCUUGAAAGUAAGGAUUUUCUAGAGACCCCUAAACACAGGCUGCUGUGCCAUUGUCUGAUUAGCUUGUGGUCAAGAAAUAUAAAUCACAGUCAAUAAA